UUGACGUCUCUCUCUCGUCUCCCUCACUCCGCCGCCACAAUUCACAUGUCAAUUGCGCUGCCGCCAGCGAUAAAACAAGUGGUGUCGGAAUCAUGGACGAAUUUAACCCGACGGAUGCGGAGAUAAUCCUUGAGUAUCUGAUGAAGAAGACCAACAAUGAGGCGUUUCACACCGACAUGAUCAGUCCGGUUCAUUUCUAUGCUUUCACUCCAGAUUAUCUUUCUGUUAUAUAGUAUGGUGCAGAAAUGUAUAGAGCAAGUGGAGACAGAGUGUGGUAUUACUUCACACAAAGAAGGAGAAAGCAUAGACGCGGUAAUGUGGUGGACAGGACAGCAGCGGGUGGAUAUUGGGAUAGAGUUACUGCUCCCAAAGAUAUCAUGCAUAAUCGAAGAGUUAUUGGUUCGUGCAGGCUGUUCGCCUACUUCACAGGGAAACGUCGAGAUUCUGUCAGGACUGAUUGGAUGAUGCAAGAAUUCACAGCACCAGAGAAUCGCGCGAGGAUGAAAGCUUUGGUUGUGUGUAAGAUGUAUAAGAACGAAACCCGGAGAUCAAGAAAAAGAAACCAUGAUGGAGAGGCGAACAACAACCCCGGCCUAGGCUGAAAUUGAUGAAACAUGAAGGGUUAAUGUUUCUUUAUCAGAACAGUCAUUGAGAUGGAAACUUAUUCAGAUCAUUUCCAAUUGUGAUUUUACUAAUCUUGAAUAUCAUAAUAUCUUAUUAUUAGUCUCUACUUGAAUUUUGAUGUUACUAAUCUUGAAUGUGCAUGUUUUGGUUGUGAUUGCAGGUGAAGGACAAGCAGUGAAUCAGUUGUGUUGUUGUAGCUCAUAAUGACAUAUUAUUUGUUUUUCAUUUUUUGUUUGUAAAGAUUGAUUGAGGUUAACAGAACAUUAAAAUUAGGAUCAUAAUUCUAAUAAUCGGAGAUUAGUUCUGUGUGGACAAAAACUACAGUCACAAUAGUAUAAUGUACUUAUUGAGUUGUAUACUA